AGGAUCACUUUACAGUAUGAGAUCAGACAGAAAGAAGAGGUGCAAGAGAGAGCAAGAGAAACACAGAGACAGUGUGUUGGACAAACUGAGCAGACCAAAGUUUUGUUACCAGGGUUUGAGUUACUUUGCAUCAGUAUAACCUUUAUAUUUCAAAAGGCUGGAAGAGAAGUUAACUGAUAAACAACAGUCCUCAAAUUACCAGAUCUUCCUGUCUUCUAUUAUUGAGGCAUCAUGACACAGCAGGUCGGUGGCUCACCAUUCCUCAAGCCUUUUUUUCUGAAGACGCCGGUCAGAGUGGUCAACCCUCUGCGACAGAGACGACACACACUGCCUGCCAGCGAGUUCAGGAACCUCACGCCGCAGGACGCUAUCAGUGUGUUUGAGAUCGAGAGAGAAGCAUUUGUCUCAGUGUCUGGAGAGUGUCCACUUACCCUGGAUGAAGUGCUUAACUUUGUGGGCCAGUGCCCGGAGCUGUCGUUGGGCUGGUUUGAGGAGGGACAACUAGUAGCUUUCAUCAUCGGCACUGGCUGGGAUAAGGAGAGGCUUUCACAGGAGGCAAUGACUCAGCAUGUCCCAGAAACCCCCACUGUGCACAUCCAUGUGCUGUCAGUGCACCGCCACUGUCGCCAGCAAGGCAAGGGCUCCAUCCUCCUUUGGCGCUACUUGCAGUACCUGCGUUGUAUGCCGGGCCUCCGACGAGCGCUGCUGAUUUGUGAAGACUUCCUGGUGCCCUUCUACUUAAAGGCUGGCUUCAAGGAGAAAGGAUCAUCUGCCAUCUCCCUAUCUAACAUGCAAUUCCAGGAGAUGGAGUUCAUGCUUGGUGGGCAGGCUUUCGCACGGCGGAACAGCGACUGCUAGUCUGUGAGCUCCUACACCCUCCUAUCUCUAACAUGGACUCAGGUCAGCCUGUGUAUUAGACAGGGUUCAAUGUUGGUAACAAGGUGUAAAUGGACCUCCUGAUGUCAGUACCCCAGUAUCUACUGAGCGAGGACUGUGUUACAACAAAGAAACCAGAGAGGAUUAAUGCAACAACUAGUUAAUUUGUGUUGUCAGACAUUACAUUAUACUCCCUCUGUCCCGGUACAUCUUGUCUUUGCCUUUUACAGUAUUUAUUGUUAUUUGUCACUCAUCAUGAACUCACUGUUUUUAAUUGAGUCAACUAUUUGUACAUUUUGAGCAUUAAAUCUAUGGUUGUGAAAUAAUUGAAUAUGUUAUAUUUAUGUAAAAUAUAUAAAGCAAAUGAUAAGACAAAUUCAAAGUGUCUUUACAGUGAAAGUGUUCCAUACUGCUAAAAUUAUUCAAUUGUCAAUUGAGUUGUAGCAGAUAUUUGUUGUUUGU